AUGUCUCCGGCGGCGGCGGCGGCGGCGGCUACCCCAUCACGGUGGUGUCCGACCCCCGAGCAAGUGAUGAUUUUGGAGGAGAUUUAUAGAAAUGGGCUUAAGACUCCCAAUGCCACUCAGAUUCAGCAUAUUACUUCCCAUCUUUCUUUGUAUGGAAAGAUUGAAGGCAAGAAUGUGUUCUAUUGGUUUCAAAACCACAAGGCUAGAGACCGCCAGAAGCUGCGUAGGAAGCUUUAUAAGCAGCUUCAGCAACAUCAUUUCUUCAUUAAACGACAGCGUUUUGAUGACCACCAUUUCUUUCACUGUUUUCUUCAGCACCACCAGCGUUUCCUGCCGCCGCUACUCCCGCUUCCAACUCAUUUUCAGGGAGAGGGUGGAGAGGGGCGGACGACGGAGGUGGAGGGCGGUGGAGAUGAUGGGAUGGCGGUGGGGGAGGAGGAUGCAGAGACGACAUGUGGUAAUGGGACGCUGAGGACGUUGGAGCUGUUUCCGGUGAGGGCAGGGUGGGUGAAGGAGGAGGAAGGCGGGAGUGGGAACGGUGGCUGGGGGAAUUAG